GCAUGCGAGGUCUCGACUCUCAACAUCCUUGCAAUAGUGUAAUCUUCGCAGACGUCUUUAGUAAUUUGCACGGUAACAAAACCAUGUUAGUUUUUAAUACUGUGUUAAUGAAGCAAAUUCGAACCCCAACCCCCCGGUGCCACAAUAGAAAGAGAUUAUAAAAUGGAGUACAAAACUGUGCGGGGCUUUAUAAUCAACUCACCAAUAAUAAACAUUUUAUCUAUCUGCGAUCUAGUAGAUCGUCAAUGGUACAAGAUCAAUCAUAGAAUUAUCAAUAAUAAAGCUCUAAUUUAGUUGAUGGUUUGAAUCUCAGCCAGGACCAGCAGUUGGUACAAUUUGGGAUCCCUUGAAAUGGAAAUAUGGGCUGGUGAUUCCAAUGCUUGCAGUUUUCAACCUGAAAAAAAAAAAAAGGGUUGUUCGUCAUCUCUGUGGGUUACAAAGGAAACGUCUCCCUUCGUCCCUGUAAAGACUAAAGACGUUCCCUCUAUGGUCUCCCCCCAGUCUCUCAACUGCACAAAUCAAUGACUUCUACGAAUUCUCUCCUCAAAGUUCUCGUUAGAAGCCCCAACACUGUAAGCUCCAAAUACCAAGCCAAACAGCUGCAUGCUCAAAUCCUCAAACUCAAACCUUCCUCUUCCACUCACCUGUCCGCUCUCAUCUCCAUCUACGCCAAAUUUAAACUUUUACAUGAUUCUCUUCUUCUCUUCAGCACCCUCCACUCACCGCCAAUUCUCGCCUAUAAAUCCAUCAUCAGAUGCUACAUUGCCCAUAACCUUUUUGUUCAAUCCCUGGGAUGUUUUAUGCAAAUGAGAGCUUCUGGUAAAUACCCAGAUCAUAAUGUGUUCCCUUCUGUGGUCAAGUCUUGCGCCUUGUUGUUGGACGUAAAAUUAGGCGAGUCUGUUCAUGGGUGCAUCAUUAGGUUCGGUAUGGACUAUGAUUUGUACACGUGCAAUGCGCUUAUGAAUAUGUAUGCCAAAUUUCAUAGUUUGGGACUGAGUGGCUCGCAUAGGAAUGGCAAGCAUAAGAUGCUUGAUGGAAUGUCUGAGAGAAUGUUUAGUAGUGAAGUUAGUGGCGAAUUGAUACACAAGUUUGAGAAACGGAUGAUGAGUAUUGAUCAAAAUGUUAGUUUGAACAAAGUUAAAUGUGUUUCGCCUCAAAUUAAUGGAAACAGCGAAUUCACUGAUCGAUCUUACAGGGAAACUCAUGAUUCUUACAUGGGAGAGGAAGAAAGGAGUACACGAAUGGAUAGUGUGAGAAAGGUUUUUGAGAUGAUGCCUAGGAGAGAUCUUGUUUCUUGGAAUACAGUGAUUGCAGGGAAUGCACAGAGUGGGAUGCAUGAAGAAGCUCUAAUGAUGGUUAGGGAGAUGGGAAAUGCCAACUUGAAACCUGAUUCGUUCACUUUGUCAAGUUUGCUUCCUAUCUUUGCAGAAUAUGUGGAUGUCAGUAAGGGGAAAGAGAUUCACGGGUAUGCCGUAAGAAAUUGCUUUGAUGAAGAUUUUUUUAUUGGUAGUGGCUUAAUUGUCAUGUACGCAAGGUGCAAUAGAGUGGAAGAUUCAUUAUGGGUGUUUAGCAUAUUGCCCCGACAAGAUGCCAUUUCAUGGAAUUCUAUUAUUGCAGGGUGUGUGCAGAACAAUCUGUAUGAUGAGGGCCUGAGGUUAUUUCAGCAGAUGUUGAAGGCUAAAGUUAAGCCUCGGCAGGUUUCUUUUUCCAGUAUCUUACCAGCUUGUGCUCAUUUGACAAAAUUAAAUUUGGGAAAGCAGCUGCAUGGAUAUAUAAUUAGGGCUGGAUUUGAUGAUAAUGUGUUUAUAGCUAGUUCACUUGUGGACAUGUAUGCCAAAUGUGGGAAUGUUAAAGUAGCUAGAUGGAUCUUUGAUAAAAUGGAGCUGCAUGACAUGGUGUCAUGGACAGCCAUUAUCAUGGGAUGUGCUUUACAUGGUCAUGCCCAUGAUGCUAUUUCCUUAUUUGAGCAGAUGGAAAUGGGAGGAGUGAGACCAAACUAUGUGGCUUUUGUGGCUGUGUUAACUGCUUGUAGUCAUGCUGGUUUGAUAGAUGAAGCUUGGCUAUAUUUUAACAGUAUGACUCAGAAUUAUGGAAUUGCACCAGGCUUAGAGCACUUUGCUGCAAUGGCAGACCUACUUGGUAGAGCAGGAAAGUUGGAUGAAGCUUAUAAGUUAAUCUCCAGUUUGGAGAGACCAGUAGGAAGUGUUUGGUCAACGUUGCUUUCUGCAUGUAGAGUCCACAAGAAUGUUGACUUGGCUGAAAAGGUUGCCAAGGAGAUAUUUGAAGUUGAUCCAGAGAACGUAGGAGCUUAUAUUCUCUUGUCAAACAUAUAUGCUGCUGCUCAGAGAUGGCGAGAUGCAUCAAAAUUGCGAGUCUUUAUGAAGGUUAAGGGCAUAAAGAAAAAUCCUGCUUGCAGCUGGAUUGAAGUUAAAAACAAGAUGCAUGCUUUUGUGUCAGGAGAUAAGUCCCAUCCAAGUUGUGAUAAAAUAUAUGAGACUCUGAAAGUCCUACUAGAGAAGAUGGAACAAGAAGGAUAUGUUCCUGAUACAAGUGAGGUGUUUCAUGAUGUUGAGGAGGAGCAGAAGAAGCAAUUAUUGUAUGGCCACAGCGAGAGACUUGCUAUAGCAUUUGGCAUCAUUAGCAUCCCUGCUGGGACAACGAUUCGAAUCACAAAGAACAUUCGGAUGUGUGCAGACUGCCAUACAGCAACUAAAUUCAUAUCAAAGAUAGUUGAAAGAGAGAUAGUUGUGAGGGAUAAUAACCGCUUUCACCAUUUCAAAGGUGGAAAGUGUUCAUGCGGAGAUUAUUGGUGAUAGGAGUGAGAGACGUCCUACAGUUUUCUGUUAUCAUUAGCACUCAGGCCAGGAGAAAAAUUUGAACAACAUUCAGGUCUGUGUAGACUUCCCAUGCAAAGAGUAUUUCAUCUAAGAUUUCAGAGAGGGAAAUCAUUGUAAGGGUUGAAUUAACAAUUUAACAAGACGUAGAAAAUGUGAUUUGGUCAGUCUAUUUAUAAGCCUUCACAUAAUCUAAGGGUAAGUUGCUCUCAGGUGCCAAAAAAAAAAAAACCUGUAAUAACCUGCAAGUAUGCAACUUGAGAUGCGAUUCAUCUGUGUAUUAUUAUUAUUAUUAUUA